AUGUCUAUGGCCACUUAUUCGCCGCUGGCCUUUGUGGAGAACAAAGCCGCACCGGUGAAGCUGAUUGAAGUGACCAGCGAUGGUCAUGCAAGGAGACUGGAAGUGACCGAUGACUUGAUCGAGAGAUACAUUGAGAAAGACUUCUCGUCGGUGCCUGGCGCGGCGUCUGACGUGUAUGUUGGGGCUUCCUUCACGUACGAUUUCUCGACCCGACAUAUGUACAUCUUCAUGCAUGGUCUUGCAACUCACAACUACGAUCGCUUCGCAAACGCAAUUCAACAAGGCGCUGCAAGCACUUCCGCCUUUCUGAUCCCGAGCAUCAUCGUUCAAUUCAAUCUCGAGCGGGCAGUGCAAGCACUGAACAGCUGGCACGAUAAGAUAUACUGGCACGAACGGAAACUAGGCAUUCGAUUCGACCAUCAUGACAAUCCACCGCUUUCAAGUAUCGAUUUCGGCAAGCUUUCGAAAGACAUCAACGCUGCAAACACGAAUCUUGCUCGCAUCGUAUUGUCCUGCAAGAGCAUUACGCGCAUGCUUGAUUUCCUUGAUCAGGUCGCAAAGCGCUAUAGGAUUCAGGCCCAGGCAAACAAGCUCGCCGAGGAUGAGUCAGUUGAAGUAGAACAGUUACUACUUGACUCGCAUGCGCACAUGCGAUCAUGGAAUGUGGGUCUGGAGGACCGGGCAGAGUACUUGUCGAAACGAGGACAAGCUUUGGUGCAGACUGUAAGCUCUGGAACCAGAUCGAAUGCAAACAACUAA